AUGCCGUGCGAAGGCUGCGGCGUCAGUGACGCCGGCCUGCAGUGCCCCACCUGCAAGAAACUGAGCCUGCCGCCGAGCUUCUUCUGCACGCAGGACUGCUUCCGGGGACAUUGGGGAACGCACAAGCUGAAGCACACCGAGACGAAGAACCUGCCCGCCACGAUCCCCACAAUGACGGAGGUGGACGAGAGGCUCUUCAACUUCACGGGGCCGCUCCGUCCUGGAAAAAUCACGCCACGCCGUGCUGUGCCGAAGGAGAUAGCGCGGCCCGACUACGCGGAGCGAAACGACGGCGUUUCCGAGUCGGAGGAGAAGGAACGAGGCAGCCAUCGCGUCGUUGCACACAACCUCAAGAACUUACACGAAGACUACAACAACGCCGAGCUGCGCCGGAGCUCCGACAUCCUCAAGAUCAAGCGCGUGAACGCGCUCUCGCGUGAGGUGCUGGACAUCGCCUGCGCGGCGGUGAAGCCGGGCGUCACGACGGACGAAAUCGACCGCAUCGUCCACGAGGCGACGACUGAGCGUGGCAUGUACCCGUCGCCGCUGAACUACUACAACUUCCCCAAGUCCGUCUGCACCAGCGUGAAUGAGAUCAUCUGCCACGGCAUCCCUGACAACCGCCCACUCGAGGAGGGCGACAUCGUUAACAUCGACGUCUCUUGCUACCUCGACGGCUUCCACGGCGAUUUGAACGAAACGGUGUUUGUCGGCAAGCCGGACGAGGAAAGCGUGAAGAUUGUGCACACGGCGUACGCCUGCAUGAUGGCCGGCAUCAGCGUUGUGAAGCCGGAUGAGCUCUACCGCUACAUCGGGGACGCCAUCGAGGCGCGGGCGGAGAAGUCGGACUGCAGUGUGGUGCGCAGCUACACCGGACAUGGUAUCGGCAAGUUCUUUCACACGGCACCGAACGUGUGCCACUACAAGGACAACAAAAGCCCCGGCCUCAUCAAGCCCGGGCACGUUUUUACGAUUGAGCCGAUGAUCAACCUUGGCACGUGGCAGGAUGUAACCUGGCCUGAUAACUGGACGAGUGCAACGAAGGAUGGCAAGCGUACUGCGCAGUUUGAGCACACAAUGGUGUGCACACCGGAAGGUGUAGAGCUUCUGACGGACUGGAAGGACGGCAUACCCUUUUACCAGAAGCAGCUGAAGGAAUGGGGCAUUCCGAUCCCCGCCGAAGACCCCAGCGAAAUUAAAAUCUGA